AUGGAGACAGAGAUGGAGAUAGAGAGAUGGAGAUGGAGGAGGAGACAAAGAUGCGAUGGAGAUGGAGAUGCAGAUGGAGAGACAGAUGGAACCAGAGAUGAGAUGGAGACAGAAAUUAAAUGGAGGCAAAGAAUGAGUCAGAGACAGAGACUGAGUUGGGAUGUACCCAUUAAACUGGUGGCAAAAUGUGUUCCCCUACCAAUGACUGUCUGUGGACACUGAUUCUUGAGCCCAAGAACAGAAUAUGCAGUAGCAUUAGAGCCUGCAAAACAAGUUGAUGGGAACUAUGUUGUUUCUGAGUGGAGUGAAAUACAGUUUUGUACAGCAGAUUAUUCAAAAGUUCACCUAACACAACUUCUGGAAAAAGGUGAAGUAAUUGCGGGACGUAUGCUCAAACUUUCUGGUUUUUAUCGGAAUCGGCACAAAGAAUACUUUGAUUAUAUCAGAGAACAUUAUGGGAAUGUUAUGCAGCCCUCUGUCAAGGAUAACAGUAGCUUCCAAAUCAGUGGGAAGUUGGAAGGCAUCUUUUUUAGCUGCAACACUGAGUUUAACACUGGAAAGUCAUCACAAGAUUCACCUUAUGGAAGAUACAGGUUUGAGAUCAUAGCUGAAAAACUUUUCAAACCAAACACUAACUUAUACUUUGGAGACUUCUACUGCAUGUACACAGCCUAUCACUAUGUCAUUCUUGUGAUGGUUGGUUCUCCAGGAGAUGAAUUCUGUAAGCAGUGCCUUCCUCAGCUAAAUAUAAAGUAUAAUAUAUUUUUGACCUGCUCUGAAGAAGAUGGCAUCCUGGCUUACCACCAUGCCCAGAAUGUUAUUUUGGAAGUAAUUUACACUGAUUCCAUGGAUCUGUUCCUUGGCAGAGUUGCAGAAGUUACUGGCCAUCAGCUAAUGAGCUUGUCUACUGCAAAUGCAAAGAAAGAUCCCAGCUGCAAGACCUGCAACAUCAGUGUCAGAUGUUAA